AACCAAAGGAGGCCCCGCCCCCUAGAGGCCCCGCCCCGCCUCUUACCGCCAGAGCCUGGAGUACCCGGAUGAGGGCGCGCCGUCGGGGGUCGUUGUGAAGCGGCAGCGGCUACGGAGGUGGCUGGUGCGGACGUGAGCGGGUGGGGGAGGUGCUGCAGCCACCUUCACUGUGCUUAGACCCCCGUAGCACCCACAGGAUUGCCCGUCCUCCAGCGCCUCAGUGCGAAGGUGUGAACUCAGUGUGCUUCAGAGCAUCCCCACCAUGACCUCCAAAAAGCUGGUGAACACGGUGGCAGGCUGUGCCGACGAAGCCUUGGCUGGUCUGGUGGCCUGCAACCCCAGCCUGCAGCUCCUGCACGGCCACCGCGUGGCUCUCCGUUCCGACCUGGAGAGCCUCAAGGGCCGGGUGGCACUGCUGUCGGGUGGGGGCUCUGGCCAUGAGCCUGCCCAUGCCGGUUUCAUAGGGAAGGGGAUGCUGACGGGGGUCAUCGCAGGAGCCGUGUUCACCUCCCCGGCGGUGGGCAGCAUCCUGGCAGCCAUCAGGGCAGUGGCCCAGGCGGGCACAGUGGGGACCCUCCUCAUCGUGAAGAACUACACUGGGGAUCGCCUCAACUUUGGCCUGGCCCGGGAGCAGGCCCGGGCUGAGGGCAUCCCUGUGGAGAUGGUGGUCAUUGGGGAUGACAGUGCUUUCACCGUCCUGAAGAAGGUGGGCAGGCGGGGACUCUGUGGCACAGUGCUCAUACACAAGGUGGCAGGUGCCCUGGCUGAGGCAGGUGUGGGGCUGGAGGAAAUCAUAAAUCGGGUGAGCGCGGUUGCCAAGGCCAUGGGGACCCUGGGAGUGAGCUUGUCCUCCUGCAGCAUCCCUGGCUCCAGACCCACCUUUGAGCUCUCGCCGGAUGAGGUAGAGCUGGGCCUGGGGAUCCACGGGGAAGCUGGCGUGCGCCGGAUAAAGAUGGCAAGCGCCAACGAGAUUGUGACGCUCAUGCUGGACCACAUGACGGCCUCCUCCAACGUGUCCCGGGUGCCUGUGCAGUCCGGCUCCUCAGUGGUGCUGAUGGUCAACAACCUUGGUGGCUUGUCAUUCCUGGAACUGGGCAUCAUAGCUGAUGCUGCUGUCCGCACUCUGGAGGGCCGCGGGGUGAAGAUCGCCCGUGCCCUGGUGGGCACCUUCAUGUCAGCCCUGGAGAUGCCCGGCAUCUCUCUCACUCUUCUGCUGGUGGAUGAGCCUCUCCUGAAACUGAUCGAUGCUGAAACCACCGCGUCAGCCUGGCCUAACGUGGCCAAGGUCUCUGUGACUGGGCGGAAGCGGAGCCGGGCCGCCCCUGCUGAGCCUCUGGAGGCCCCUGUUUCCACUGUUGCAGGAGGUUUGACUUCGAAGCGGGUGAUGCUCGUGCUGGAACGGGUGUGCACCACCCUUCUGGGCCUGGAGGAGCAUCUGAAUGCUCUGGACCGCGCUGCCGGUGACGGGGACUGUGGCACCACCCACAGCCGCGCUGCCAGAGCCAUCCACGGGUGGCUGAAGGAGGGCCCACCCCCUGCCAGCCCUGCCCAGCUACUCUCCAAACUCUCCCUCUUGCUCCUGGAGAAAAUGGGAGGCUCAUCUGGGGCGCUUUACGGCCUGUUCCUGACUGCAGCGGCCCAGCCACUCAAGGCCAAGACUGACCUGCCAGCCUGGUGUGCUGCCAUGGAUGCCGGCCUAGAGGCCAUGCAGAAGUACGGGAAGGCUGCUCCAGGGGACAGGACCAUGCUGGAUUCCCUGUGGGCAGCAGGACAGGAGCUCCAAGCCUGGAAAAGCCCAGGGGCCAAUCUGUUCCAAGUUUUGACCAAAGCAGUCCAGAGUGCAGAAGCUGCAGCCGAGGCCACCAAGAACAUGGAAGCUGGAGCCGGAAGAGCCAGUUACAUCAGCUCUGCGCGGCUGGACCAGCCGGACCCUGGGGCAGUGGCAGCUGCAGCCAUCCUCCGUGCCAUCCUGGAGGCCUUGCAGGGCCAGGGCGUGUGAGGGCCUCCUGGGCCUCGGUGCCUCUCUCACCGCUGUGCAGAGAUGACCACUGUCGCUUCGUCCUGUCUUCCAGCUGUUACCCUCCCUCACCGCUGGCCC